UAUAGUUCCGAUAGUUCAUUACAUGGACAAUAGUUCAUUUGAACUAGCUAGUUUUAGAACGACACUACUCUAUUAGGCCUGUGGAAGAUUUCAGACAUAAUUCCAAAUAAAUAUCCAUUUGUUUUGCUGCUAGAAUUCAUUGCGACGAUUCAUAAAAGGACAACAUCGCUACACGUGAGCAAUAUCGCAGCGCUUUGAGAGUAGCAGUAAACAUGAUGGCAGAUAAAAGUAAAACUCGUAUGAAUCUGGCUGCUAUCAAGAAGGUCGAUCCUUAUGCAAAGGACAUUGUAGACACGUCUUCUCACGUGGCAUUUUAUAUAUUCGACUCAGAGCAGAAUGAAUGGGAGAAAACAGACGUCGAAGGAGCGUUCUUCAUAUAUAGCCGCAAUGCGCAACCGUUUCACAGUAUUUUCAUUAAUAACCGCUUAAAUACAACAUCGUUUGUGGAACCCAUAACACCGCACCUAGAGCUGCAGGCACAGGCUCCUUUCCUGCUAUAUCGCAACGAAAGAUCCCGUAUCCGAGGCUUCUGGUUUUAUAACAGCUUAGAAUGCGAUCGCAUAAGCAAAUUGGUUACUGACCUGGUACACACAGUGGCCAACACAACUGAGAACGGCGCCAUUGUUAAUGAUUCAAAGCCAAACCAUAGUAACAACAACAAUGUAAACAUAUUUAAGAUGUUGUCGAAUGCACAACAGGAGUUCAAUAAUCAGAAUCAAAAGCAACAAGCCCCACUCAAAGCUUCGGGUAAUGUGUUGAAAUUCUUUGAGGCCGCUAAGCCCACUUCUGAUAUUGCAUACACGCCGAGAAUUCUACCCAAUACAUUGUUGGUGGAGCAAUUGGAAAAACAACAACGCGAUAUACAGCCAACACAACAACAGCAACCAAUUUUUGAUGAUGCCAAUGCCACAAAACGUCUAUCGUGCUCUCUGUUGGAAAACUCAGUCAAUUCCUUACAUAACCAAUCCAUACCUCGGCCGGGUAGCACUUCGAAAUUAGACAAUACGGUCGGGUUAAAUAGGGGACCUGAUUGCGGUUUUACACAAGCUCUUACAGCGGCGACAACGUCUUCUACAUCUAAUAUUGGUGAACAGAUUUCGCUUAGCAAAAUCUUUUCAAAUUUGAAUUUUCAAAAAAGUUUGUCGCAGGCAUCAGAGGUAGCCAAACCGGCUCUCAUGCCUCCAACAAUGUUUGACAAACCAUCGUCAACAACGUCUUCUCAAACCAAUUUUGCGGAACACGAACACAAGGAGCCGCUCAACAAACAUCAAUUCAUACAAGCUUUCAAUUAUCUGAUACAAAACGACGAUGAAUUUGUGGAUAAGUUACAUGAAGCUUAUCUAAAAACCUAUCAAUAAAAAGUUGAUAAAAAUAUAGAAAA